GUGGGCCUCAGCUCCUGUCAUUCCCGAGCGGAUAGUUUGUUGUCAAAAUGGAGUUCUUACUUGGAAAUCCAUACAGCACUCCCGUGGGUCAAUGUAUAGGUACGUUAUCUUUACAGUUAUUUCAUAUAGACGUUAAACUACCUUCUUCGUGUGUAAUUUGAGCGUUGGCAGGCGGUGGGUGAUUUCUAGAAGGAUUAACGGUACCCUGAGGUGUCGCCAGUAGAAAUAGCCUGCUAGCAAGAAUCAUCGCAGCAAACGUCAUCUACUCGGAUUGGGUUUUUUAGCUAACAUUAUCCAGCGAAAACACCUAAAUUUUGAGUCCAAUUUGAUAAUAAAAACCCGUUUUAGUGUCGAAAAGAGAAUAAGUUUAAAAAAAGAUGCACUGGGGUGAGAAAUGACAUCGUUUUUAAGAGGUUUUGACACUUGAAGGUUCAGAUGUCAGUGAGUCUAGUUGACCACAGCGGUUGGUCAGCAGAGUUGGUUUUAGUGAUUAAUCUAAAGGGUUGUUUUGUUUGUUUGUUUGUUGAGGAUUUGAUUCGUUUUAUCAAGUGAAAAAUAGGUGACACCACCAUCACCACAUCCCCAUGUGUUCUUGUGGUUUCAUCUAUGCUUUCAUUGUGCUAGUUUGCAAAAGUGAUGAGAGAUAAACAACCUCAGAGAUGACAUUACCAUGACUCUGCUGAGCUUAUCAUUAGAAAACAGCACACACUGCACUUCUUUCACUACGACCAGAUCAUAAAAAUGACUUGUCUUGUGUAAUAUUAAUGAUUAUGUAGACUGAAUGAAUGUGUGGUAAGUUUACUUGCUUAUUAUUACUUCUGCUAAACUUUUAGGUUCACAACGAUUACCCAGUUUGUGUGGCACCUUUUAUGGGAACAGCUUAAAGUGCUUAACAUGAAUUAAGUUAAGAAUUAUAAUAAUAACAGAAAUAUUAAGUAAAGACAACACAGCAUGGUAAAUAAACUAAAUACUCCUGCCAUUGAUAUUAAAAAAAAACGUGAUGGAUCUUCAAUACUGUUAAUCAUGAGAAAAGACAAAUAUUAGAUAGAUGUUAGAGUCAGAAGUCAAGCAAAUGCUUGGCUGCAAAAUGAACUUGAAUGUCCUGCUGAUCUGGACUUUAUAGAUUUUCUAUAACACAAGUUAGUAAGUAGUUAACUAACUGUUCAUUUAACUGAUCAUGUAUUGACAGCAAACAUUUUUAUGUUAAAAUAACGGCAUAAUUUCCUCAUUUUAAGGAGCAGGAAUUAAUGAAACAUCCCACUUCAAUUCAAGCAUAAAACAAUUCUAAGUCUUGCGUUACUUCGGCAUGAAGAAUAAAUUGCACCUCUGUCCGAAGGUGUUGCAAAACGCUUUAUGGUUUCCAAAGAGGUCACAUGCAAAAUGUUGAUGCAAUAACGAUACUUUGGACGUUUCCCUCUCUGCAUCAGUGUGCAGAGCAUUCAACAUUAAAACUACCACAUGUUAAAAGUUUAUAUCAGAGGAUUACAUUUGUAUUUAUUUAUUAUUUAGUUUCUUUUUCCUUUGUGUACUUAGUGGCUGCUCUCUGUCUCUGUUAUUCAUACCUUUACUCUGACUUUUUGGUUUGCUGUCUCUGUUCUCUUGAGAUUUCCAGAUUUGAUAAAAAGUGAAAUGAACAAAUUCAUGAGCAAAAUGAUACAGAAGUGAGGUUUGGGUGCAGCUUAGUUAAAUGUAGCAGGGUUUAGUGACAAGGAAGUAUAUCCCUCAAGAGUCCAACAUCGGUUUUAUAGUUCACUCAUUCACUCAUGAAUGUUUUGAAAUGGUUUCUUGUUUACAGCCUUGGAUGCGAGCCAUCCCUCAGGGUUCAACCAGCACUUCCUGAUUCUGUUUAUUUCAUCCCACAAACUGACAUAGAAGCAAAAAUACAGCAGCUAUCACAGGAGCAUUGAUUUAUAACUUCUUUAAAAUAGACCGGGCUGUUGUUUUAUGAAUCAAGAGCCAUCAGGUUCCUCUUCGCUUUAUCUAAAACGUCCUUCUCUAAAUGCAGAAAGUUUGUGGAGCGCUUUAAUUAAGUUUCUUGGAAAGAAACAGUUUGGAUGAAGGACAAGUUUGGGAUUUAAGGGGCCUUAUGUUUGACCUCAGGUCCAAUGCGCUGAAUGCCAUGUCAUCCGAAAUUUCUAUUCCUCACGCAUCAACUUUGAGCACUAUUUAAAGAGUUUUGUUUUACAGGGUGUCUUUUAGGUCUUGCAUUUUGCAGUAGACUGUAUAAUCCAGCCUAUCUAAGAUUAGACUGUAAACUACUGCUCUGUCUGCUUGAUCUCAGUCCUCAGCCUAAAAUUGCUGUCCUGUGCAGCCAGGUGUUUGUGCCUCUGUCUGAUGUAGCAGGACUGUACACCAAGAAACCUGAAUCAACAAUAGAGAGAGAAUGGGGACAGAUAAAGUCUGAAAUGGGUGGAUGUAUUGUGAAAAACUUGGAGGAGGUUUUUUAUUUCCUAUAAGUGACUAAGAGACAGUGACGGAGGGUUUAGACUGACGUGUGUAGGAGUGUUUUUCUCUUUUUCAUGCUGCAGAUUUAGGGCUGUGGCUCUUUAUUUACCUGCUGCUACAUUAUGUCCAAAAAUAAACCAGCUGGAGAGAGGCUAUUAGUGCAGUGAGAUCAGGCAACGCAGAUAGACAAAGAGGUAUCUAACAAGAUGUCGCACAUUCAAUGGUUUUAACUCACAGACAAAAAUGAAAGGAAAAUAAAGGGAGUUUGAAGCAGUUUUAGUGUGGGAGUCUGAAGCAGUUUUAGUGUGGGAGUCUGAGCUCGGUCAGGCGAUGGGCCCUGGGCCAGUAUACCGUGGCUUAACUUCUGUUACCAUGGGCUAGACUUUCUAGGUUUAGCCUCUGCCAUGACCUGUUACACAGCCUUAAGAGCUAGACUUUCAAGUCACAUUUAAUACCAAGAUAUACCAGCGUUUGGCAGGUAGAUACUGUGGAACUUACACUAAAACCUAGUUUCUUAAAGGAUGCCAAUUGUGAGCUUUCAUGUUUAAAAAAAGAGUAAAAUGAGGAGUGGAAAAUGUGUCGGCAAAGGAAGAGUCUGAGAAGGACAGCACAUGGAGAAAGGGAGCCACAGUGGGACAGAGAUUUGUGCCUUGGUUGGUGGUGCGUGGCACAGCCUGCCACUGUUAAAACCAUGUGAUGGACUGGAUUCACUGGUGUGGUGUCCAUUCCCAGGAGUGGGAGGAGGCUGCGGUUGACACAACACCAUGAAUGAAUGCACUAAGCAGUCUUCUGACUUCAUUAGCAAGGCUGCGAUUAUACUGCGUCAUUGUCGCUUAUUUCAUGGGAAAAGAUCAGAUUUUUCUUUCUAAUCUUUCCCCUGUUCACCCCUUACUCUGCCUGCUGUUGCCCUGGCAAUGUAUUUGCAGAGAUUAUUGUAGAUGUCCUAGGAGCAGUGGCUGGAUCCUCCCUCUAUCACUAAGUUCUUUCGUUUGUUUCUUAUUAGCGCCCGACCGAUUUAUCGGCGAGCCAGUUGAGAAUAAUCGGUAAUCAGACAAAACUCACCGAUUUUCGCCGAUAUUUUCAGAAAUAAAGUGCGGAGAAAGAGAUUCGGUUUCACUUCGAAAAUGUUCCGCCAUUUGAAAAGAUCCCCGAUUUAUCCAGUAGAUGGCGCAGCGACUUCAUGACACUCUUCAUCCACGAACUACCCCACAGCACAGCAGAGUGACGGUUCUGAAGCAGGCAGCUCAGGGACGCACGGAGGGGAGUGGUCCGCCUCAACGGUAAAUAAACCAGUUUGUGAAAUACACAAUAAGUCAACAAGUUUCAGUUCAACCCACUUCACGAUGUUCCCCGCUGUGCUGGUCUCGGUCACACCAAGUUAACGGUGAAGCACCAUGUAAUAUGCAAGCUAAAGUUAGAGUUAGCCACCUGCUAUUAGCCUUGCUACACUGUUAGCCGUGCCAGUAACGGUAGAAUGAACAACAGUGCACAUUAGGUGAUCGAGCUACCUCUCUUACUGAGGAAGACGCAUGUCUCCAGAUGAGACCGGAACCGGGACCGGAAAUGAGGAACGUGAGUUAAGACGCGGAGGCACCGAUCGUCGCGGGGGGGGGGGGGGGGGGGUAGGUAAUCGGUAUCGGCACCGGCCCCACAACUUCCAUAUGAUCUGGCCCUAUUUCUUAUAUUAAAAUGUAUUCAAUGGCUGUAAGUUUGUUGUUCUUAAGGCAGAAAAGGUGCUUGUCACUCUGUGCUCACUCAGUCUAUGACAAGCUGAUCAGAGGCAGGGAGUAGAGCAUGAAUUAGUCAUGGCUGUCAGGCUCCCCACCAAUGUCGAGCUCCCCAAAAGGAAGGGAAAACAGCCCAGUGAGAGGCUCUUGGCCUGGGCAUGACAGUCUGCUCGAGGCCUCUGGGCGUCAGGGAGAAAAGCUCCUCCUGUCCGAGCUCAAGAGUCAUCUAAUGAGAAUCUAUGGAGUGUCACUCACAGGAACUCGGUCACAGCUCACUUCGGUUCAAAACCUUUCUUUUUUUUUUUGAUACUGUUUGAAUCUCUCUCCACACGACUGCCUGCCUGGGAGACAUCAGCUGUCACAGAUAUGAUGGAUGAAUUCAGGAGACAGGAGAGGCAGGGGGAGAAAAAAGAACAGAGCCAGUUCAUCACUCACUGUAGCUCCACACAGUCUGAAACACGUUAUAUCCCGGCUUCAGUUUUUUUAAUUUAAGGGUUGAGUGAAGUAGAGCAAGUAAGUCUCUGUGGACAAAAUAUAAGCAGAACCAGCUUGACGUUCCUCAGUCAGCUGUUUCAAGUUCACAGGUUGGUGCUUUGAGUGAAUUUACGGCAGCCUUGGAGAUCCCAGCAACAGGUGCAGACCAUACUGUGUAAAAUAUGAGGGUUUCUAUCAGGGACAAUGCUGUGAAAAGUGACUAAGACUUACAGUCUGAUCUGUCUGCUCAUCCCCAACCUCAUCCCAGCCCUUUAACAGAGAUUAGUUUGUAGAAAGGCUAUUAAUGGAUCUCACUUGAGCAGAUUGUCUGUACCGUAAAAAGACUAGUGACAAAGCAUGCUCUCCUGAAUCGACUCUGUGGAAUCGUUCUUAUUAUUAAUUUAGCAUGUUUUUAAAACACCUUGUACAAUGCGAAAUAAAAAAAAAAACAAGGACCCUGUGUGAAAUAUUAAUGGUUUGGAACUUAUAGGCCUGUCACGAUAACACAUUUUGCUGGACGAUAAUUGUGCUACAAAUAAUCGCCGAUAAACGAUAUUAUUGACACCGUUUUUUAAAUUAUAGAUAAUGAUAUUAUAUGGCAUAAUAAUGCGAGUACACCGUGUCAAAAGUGAUCAACUUUAAUUUCCACUGUCUGUCAGCGCGCACCAUUUUGCGCUGUUUUGUUUAUAUUUGCUUUGCUUACCAAACGCUUCAGUAAGCGGUACCUGUCGGGACGAUGGCUCCGUACCUCCGGCGGUACUUUUUUUGCUCAGUUGAGAAAAAUGGAGAGGAUGAUUGCGCUUGAGGUGCACAUGCAUGUUCGUCGUAUUCCCCUUCUUUGUCACCACAACUUUGGAACAAGUACGACAUAUCGGCUCGUCUGUAUUUGUGGGCUCACCUCUUUCAUUUGGUUUAAAGCAGUGUUGUUUUCGUCAUAUUUCGUCAAAUAUUUUCGUCAACGCCAGCGUAAAAAAAGGGAAAUAUUUUCGUCAACGAGAACAACACUGGUUGUUUUCGUUAGCUAAAAUAUUUCCCUUUCUUCCACGACGAAGACGUAACGUUGACGAGCUAAACAUAAGUCGGAGAUGACUAAAAUGUGACGAGACGAAAGUGCGUUUACGUUGAUGGGACGAGACGAAAAUGACAAACAGAGUUGCAAAACUCAGUCAGUUAAACGCUGAACAUAUAGGAGCAGCUUCAGUCCGCUCUGACAGCUCUCAUCAUCCUGCUGUGCUCCUCCAACACACAGACACACACACGCGCACACACGUGGAGUUUUGUGGUUGACGAAAACAAAACUGGUUUAAAGCCGAAAUAUUCCCACACUUGGGCUGUUGCGUUCGGUUUAGACACCAAAGCUGUCGUGUUCAUUCUGUUUGCUUGCUUUUCACUCACGACGCUCACUUGCAGCACUGUAUCCAAAAGUCUGUGUCCGUGUGCCUGUGCGCGCCAGCCCCCUCGUGACAAAGACACUGAAUAACUGACAGGAGGGUUCACUAACUCCGUUCAUUCCGCUAUAGAGCCAACGCCCCCAGGUGCCGAGAACAAUGCGCAGAGUGAGACCUCUUCUCUCAUCCAGCGUGUUUGGUAGCGAGAGAGGAGGAAAACAAACGCACGUCAAUUAUCGAGGCUGGCAAAAUGACCGACCUCGUUUUUAUUUACCAAGCGAUAAGGCGAUUUAUUGAUUAUCGCGACAGGCCUAGGAACUUAUGCUACUUUCAAGUUACCUCAUAAGUCAGAAGUCCGAGCUGAAAAUGACGUCACACCCAAGUUCCCAGCGUUUCAGUUACCAAGUCGGAAAAAAUCAUAAACUGAGGACUGAAACAAGAUGGCAACAUCUAUGAAAGCUAUUUCAGCGCUUGCCUUAUAUUUUCGGAAAAACGCUAAAAUAACUUUCGUAGAUGUAGCCGUCUUGUUUCUGCCUCCGAUUUUGCUUUUUCAGACUUGGUAACUGAAAUGCUGGGAACUCAGGUGUGACGUAGAAAAUGUGUUUUUUUUUUUAAGUUUAUGCUCAUUAUAAAUGUAAAAAUAAAAAGGUCCACUGCUCUGUGAGGGACUACAUGAGCAAAUAGUUAAACAGUUUCGGAGUUAUGCGCCCCCUGUCUAAAACUGGAAAGAAUUUGGGGGAUUUAAUCAUCUAAAGAACAUAAUGUCAUUAAAAGAUUCAGAGAAUUUGGAGAAAUAUCGGUUACAGAAGGGACAAAGCCUCAACCAGCAGUGCAUUGACAUGACUCUGUAGUUGAAAUCACUGCAUGGGCUGAAAAUCACAGUUUAUAGAUGCAUCUGUAAAUGUAGGUUGAAAUUGUACCAUGAAAACAGGAAAUCAUAAUAAUUUAAAAAUUUGGUAUUUUGCUUGAAUACUGAGUUUAAAUGAUUUGCAAUUACACUUUGUCUUUACACCACAACUCUAGAGAGACACAGCACCCAAGUAUGUCACCACAUGCUGACUUGCUUACACAACAGUUUUGCUUUCAGUGUUACAUAAACUGUGGGUCGCUUUAAUUUGUUCGCUUGACAUACAUCCUAGAUUGAGUCAAUGGCAGCAUCAAUUGACUCAAACUGGUAGUUCUUUUGGCAGAAAACUAACUUUGGGUCUUAAGAGUCGUGUUUUGUCAGGAGUCCAGACAAAAAUUAAUGAAACUCUUUUUUUUUUUUGUGUCUCUGCAGAAAGGGCCACAGAUGGAGGCCUACAGAACGAGGACUGGACCCUCAACAUGGAGAUCUGCGAUAUCAUCAACGAGACGGAGGAAGGGUGAGCUGCCACACUUUCUUAAAAUGAAUUUUAAUGUGUUUUAAUUUAGAUUUUAAUCAAACAAGUUUAAGUAAAAGAUCUCUUGCUUUGGCGUAGCUGUCGCUCUGUGGUCGAGUUCGUCACAUCCCACUCGGAUCCUGAAGUGUCCUUGAGUGAGAACCUAAUUGCUCCUCAAAUUGCCGUGAGUGGGAUGAGUUAAUACUGAUGGGCACUUUAAUUAUAGUGAAUGUGAUAUGACAAAGACAGACCGGAGCGAUCAUCAUGGUUAGGUCAUAGACUGAAGGACUGGUGACUCCUGUGAACAAUACACUGACUUCACCAACAGACACCGUAAAUACAGAGAGCUUUGUGGGUUCUUCUCUCCGAGUCAGGUGUCACUGACUGAUGUCAUGAAUCCCAUUGUGCGUUUAAAAGAGUUAUUCACACAUGACUUCAUAUUAAUGUUAGGAUUCCCUUAGUCUUUAACAAAUAUCAAAAUCCUACCUCUCUAAAUAGGUUUGAUGUCAUAAAUCAUGGAGUGAUUUUUCCACAGAUAAGUCUUUCCCUCUUACUGUUGACAUUACUCAGAUGGAGCUUAUCGUCAAAGUGCAUGUGUGUUUUUGAUGAAAUGUAUUCCCUUAUAAAAGGCUCUGUUUUCACUCUGAUGUAAAAGCUGGACUGACACAGAUGAUAACAUAAGAGAGGUCUGGGAAGUAUUCAGAGCUUUUAUUUCUACAAAAGUGCUGAUACCACACUCCAGUGAAGAAAAUAUACCUGAUAUGUCCUAAUGUUAUUAUUACGAGCAGUGUUUAGGGUUUUUCUAACAACUGUCUUCAGCAGGAAGGUAGCUUGUCAUGAUUUUAACUUGGAUAUAGUUUUAAUUUUGAUGUUUUUUCUCAUCAAUCAGUACAGUGGCCAAGAACCGCUACAGCUGGAAAUAAAAAAGGAUGCAAAAAAAAACAAGUCACAACAAAAGUUACAGAUGCAAAAAAAAAGAGAAGAAACCAAAGCCCGCUGCAAAUCAAAAAGGAAACGGUGCAGAUAAAAAAAAAGCCACCACGGAAGUUAACGAUUAAAAAAGUGGAGAUGCAAAAAAAAAAGUUUCUUACUGCACAAAUAAAAGGAUGCAAAAAAAAAAGAGCCACAACGGAAGUGAGCUGAAGCUAACACUACACUGAUCAAAGCAAAAUUAAACAAUAACUUUUCUACUUCUUUGCUCAUCUUCUCAUCGUCGUCUUUUGUGUCUAGAUUGUAAAACGCCGGCCAUUAUUUGUCCCUGGCAGCUCACUUUCAUUGUGGCUUUCUUUAUUUGCAUAAUUUUAUUUUCGCAGUAAGUAACUUUUUUUCUUUUCAUCGCCACUUUUUUUUGCGUCGUUAACUUCGGUUGUGGAUUUUCUUUUGCAUUUUUUAUUUAUUUGCAGCAGUGGUGGUUCUCGGCCACCGUAAAUCAGUAACUUGUUUGGUUUUUAAUCAAAUCUAAAAAACACAUUUUGACACAGUUUUGUGAGUAUACUAUAAAGGUCAGACUAGUUUUAUUUCACCUUAGUGAUCAUUUACUCUACACAAUAAUAGUCAUCAUCAGCCUGCAGAUCAUUCAUGCAGAGAGUGAAUUCAAGAGGAAGAAUAAUGAAAGAAGUCAUUUUCCGUUUUUCCUUUCAAUGCUUUUCACUUUUUUUUUCUUCUUUUUCCUGCUUCUCACAUUCUUCCUGCCUACACACACUCACUUUCUUGGCAUGCCACAUGGAGCUCUCUUUCUGUCACGCCCAUGUACACACACACACACACACACACACACACACACAAGCGAACACAGAGCUCAUUGUUUUCAAAACAUUCACAGAGUUAGAGGUAGGACUCUGGACUUAUUCAUGAAAUUUCUGACACAGCUAAAACCUCUUUGUGAUUCGAUGUUGUCUUUGCACAUGCUGCUGUGUCAGAACUUGAUGAUUUUUUUUCCCAUUUUCGGUCCGAUUACCUCCACACAGGAUGCCAAACAUAAUUUUUAUUGUAGCAAUGUGUUUCGUCCAUUUAAAGAAAAAGUUAUCUUACUUUUCAAGCUUGACAACAUCAAUAAAACGAGUUUAAAUAGUCGCUAAAAAGGCAAAACCACAUAGGUCAGACUUAAUGCUCUUACUCUGUCAGUAUCUCUCUGUUUCAUUCUCCUGACUCAGUCCAUGUAUCUGCUGACGGAGUUCAUCAAACCUUGUUACGCCUCAUCUGCAGCGAGGAAACGGGCAGUUUGAGGCGAAUAGCCGACCUGAGCUCUUCAUGCAUGGGGCGCUCGGAUCUCGCCUCAGGAGGUACAGAUAGUCACAGGGACAGAGAAGGGAGAAACAGAUGGUGCGAUGAUUCUGCCACGUCUCAAACAGCUACACUGACAGCUCGACAGCGUCUGUUAUCGAGGCUCAGAGAACCGAUUACUCCGGGAAAGUUAGAGAUGUUCAGCUGAAGCCUCUCUGCUGUUUCCCUCCAGGCCGAAAGACGCCAUGCGGGCAGUGAAGAAGAGGCUCACCGGCAACAAGAACUACAGAGAAGUGAUGCUGGCGCUAACAGUAAGAAGAUGUGCUAGCUCUUUUUUUGUUGUUGUAAAAGGGCAUGUCAGCGGGAGUUAUGCAACAAAACAGGUGCAUUUUGCAACGAUGUGUUGAAGCAGGGUGUGUAAACCCUGGGAAAAAACAGAAUUUGUUUUUCUUUGCAGGUGGUUUAAUUCGACUUUGUCCCUUUCAGGCAGUUUCAAUGUUUAUUUUUUGUACUCUUGAGUUCUGUUUACAUCCACCCACGUCUUUCGUAGGAAUAGUUCUGUGUGUAAUGAAAACAUCCAUCUUUGGUUCGCACCACAGAAGAAAGCAAAGUCUUCCCUUUUCUCAAACCUUUCAGCUCUUUGCAGUUUGUUUUUGUUCUUUUCCGCGCACUCUUUCUUUGUUUGUUAAGUCUUCAUUCCUUUCUGCAGGUGUUGGAGACGUGUGUAAAGAACUGUGGACACAGGUUUCACGUCCAGGUGGCCAACAGAGAUUUCAUCGACGGUGUGUUGGUCAAGAUUAUCUCUCCAAAAACAAACCCUCCGACCAUCGUGCAGGACAAAGUGUUGUCGCUCAUACAGGUGAGGAGGCAGGUUUGAAGAUUUCUGGAGGGCCUUUCUCUAUCAACACUGUGAUGUAAAAUCCCAAUCUUUUCAGUUUGUAACUUAUCACAGAGUGUGUUUGUUUGCAGGCCUGGGCUGAUGCCUUCAGGAGCAGCCCUGAUCUAACUGGCGUGGUCCACAUCUACGAGGAACUGAAGAGGAAAGGCAUAGAGUUCCCCAUGGCAGAUCUGGACGCACUGUCUCCCAUCCACACUCCACAGAGGGUGAGAAGAAAAGACAGACAUGAACAGUACAAACAUUCAUGCACAUUAAAGGGAUAUUCCGGCGUAAAAUUAAUUUAGGGUCAAACACACCGUAACACCGAGUUAGACACCCCCUCGAGAGAUGAAUGUUGCCGACCGCUUGCUUCUCUAGUUUUACCAACAUUCAUCUCUUGGCGGGGUGUCUAACUCGGUGUUACGGUGUGUUUGACCCUAAAUUAAUUUUACGCCGGAAUAUCCCUUUAAUACAGCAGUGUCCUAAAGAGGUGUGUUUUUUCACUUCAGGGUACGCCAGAGGUAGACCCUGCCAUGUUGAAGUACCUCGCCCCUGCUUCACCUGCUGUUGGGACUCCUAGACCUGCUCCGGCCCCUGUCUCUGCCACACAGGACUCCCAGGUUCCCAGCCCCAUCACAGCAACCCCUGAACAGGUAGGGGGGUCUUCUGACUUAUUCAUCAUGCUCAGAUAGUACAUGAAACCUCAUUUAGGUCUUCCUCAGAUUUCACAACCUACUCAGUCGGUUGUCUCCUAAAACAUCUGCAGAACAGCUGAGACUGAAGACGCUCAUGAUGUUUUCAAAUAUCCUCUGACCCUUUGUGCUUUCAGAUCGCACGGCUGCGCAGCGAGCUGGACGUAGUGAGAGGAAACACCAAAGUCAUGUCGGAGAUGCUGACAGAGAUGGUCCCGGGCCAGGAGGAGGCCUCUGACCUCGAGCUGCUUCAGGUUAGGGUCCACAUACAGAUGGUGCUAUUGUUUCUGCUGUGACUGCUGUUUGAGAGCUUCAUGUUGAUGUUUAGUUCAUGUGGUUUUAAUAUCAAAACAAAGACAAUUUAAAUUUCAUAGAUGUUAAUUUAGAAAGUAAAACAGCUUCAAAAAAGAACUGGAAAAUUAGGAGACACUGUGCAGCCACUAGGGGGAGUAGUAUCUCAGGUUUUGAGAGGGGAUGUGCCCGCAAUUAUCAAGAGCCACUCGGCUGUGGUUGAACUCCAAGAACUGGUAAUUAACCUCUAGUUUAGACUUUCCUGCAGAGUUUAACAUCCUCAGGUCAGAUCCCCUCAGGUGUUUGUGUAAGAAUCUCGUUGUUCUCCAUUUUUGUUGUCGUUUUUAACACACUUGUUGUUUCCAGGAGCUGAACAGAACAUGCAGGGCCAUGCAGCAGAGAGUCGUCGAGCUGAUUUCACGCGUCUCCAACGAGGAGGUGACCGAAGAGCUGCUGCACGUCAACGAUGACCUCAACAACAUCUUCCUCCGAUAUGAGAGGUACGAUUGACUAAACCAACAACGGGAAAUUCCUGUUAUCAGACAAAUCCACAUGUGCAUAUUGAAAUUUUUUACUCUUUGCAAAUUGAUCUUAAACUUUAUGUAUGGUUUAAAUACCGAGGUACUGGUUUGAUCAGCAUAUCCACCAAAUGUUCCUUUUUUUCCUUAAAACACGCUUUUCUACACCGAUUGAACACAAUUUUAUUUCAAAAACCUCAGAGCUGAAAGAACUUGUUCCUUUUCAAACACUCAGCUCCCUCAAUCAGGCAAAUUGUUUCUUUCAAGAUGAAAAGCGUGCGAGCAUUUGAACCUCACAAAGCUUGUGGCGAGACAUUCAAAGGCUUUUGUUGCUGCUUGCAGGUACGAGAGGUACAGGUUGGGAAGAACCGCGCAGAACAACGGGGUGAGUAUCAAACACCCUGAAGUCUCUCUCCUCCGAGGAUCGCUCCUUCUUCGCUUACUUUUGCGCGUUCUCAGAUCUUUUUGGUUUGAUUUGACUUCUUAGCGUGUCUACAUUUGCACCGCCUGUGGCAACUUGUCUAACAUUUGAACAUUAAGAGUUUCUGUGAGAGAUGCUUCAAACGUAAAUCUAUCCUCAUAACUUUUUGUUCAGCUUUUUUUAAUCACUCAUAUUUACUCUGUGUUACAGUUUCAUACACACAACAACCAACAGUAGCUGUAAGAGUAGUGUUGGGCGGUAUGACGGUAUAAAACAUGUGACGGUAUAAAAGUGUCUACAAGUAGAAAUUUUGCUCUACUGUUAAUGUCGGAGAGAGAGAGCAGAUGUCUGUGCUCACUAACAGGAAAGCCGGAGCGCAUCUUUUUGGGUGCGUUUCUGUAUAUUCACCAGUGUGUCGUGUGGAGUUUGCUCGCUCCGUUUGAUUGGUCAGGUUUGGGUGCGCUCCCUAUAAUCACCAGCGUGUCCAGCAGACUGCUUGGCAUAGUUUCAGCGAAGAAGAAACAGCACUGGUGGUUGUCAUGGUGGACGCUGAGAUUAGUGGCAGUACCGAGCAAACUGAGGCAGCCUGACCCACCCAACACGAGGAAGAGGAGGAGGAACUGUUUUAGAAAAAGGGCGAGUUACGACAUUGGUUGUCUGGAGAUUCUUUAGAUUAAGAAAAUCCGAUAAUGAUCAGAAACAAAACUAUGCAAAGAGUGUCGUGUGGCGUGUCGUUGCUGGAGGUGGAAACACCAGAAACCUCUUCUACACGCCAAGCUCUAUUAUGAGAGCCAAAAGAUGCGUGACGCACCUGCUGCACCGAAAACUAAAGCUGCAGCGGCUCCUCUUAUACAAAAGAGCUUGGCAGAGUCUUUCACCAAAGGUACGCCAUAUGAUAAAAAAUCGCCAGACUGGUCUGACACUUUGUUUGCAUUUGUAAACAAAACCAAAUUUAAAAGGAAAAUGAACAAAUGCAACAGUAUGGUGAUUUUUAAGACAUUAAUUGAGUUUACAGGGAGAAAAAACAUACUGUGAUAUGAAAUUACUCAAACCGUGAUAUAAGAUUUUGUUCAUACCGCCCAACACUACGUAAGGGUAAAUUUAAACACGCACAAACCUCUUAUUUAGUGUGUGUCAGUGUUUGGAUGUAUAGGAAACGUCUUUCUGCAGCAAACAUCACCUUUUUUGUGUUAAUUUUUCUGUUUUUCUGUUUGUGUUGUGGCUAGCUGACGGAGGCAAGUAUACUACCAGUUGCCCUACAGUAGACCCCUACGAUGUGUCAACAUCAGUAGCACUGAGUAACACUAGAUACUAACAUUUCCCUCCCUCUGUCUGUCUGUCUGCCCUCACACAUAUCAGGUCUUGUGCAACUGUUUGUUUAACCCUCAGUAUCUCUCCAGAGCGGUGAACUCCUGACCCACAACGUUGUCUUAAACCUGUGCAAACAGUCAAUCCUGUAGAUCUCGGUAGCUGCUUUCUCUCUGUAAACAAACACAGUAAGCUAACUUAGUUAUUUUUAGGAAUCCCCUUUAUCUGUAUUAGACAAGCUCUUAGAUUGUUUUAUGCUUUUUUAUAAACAUCAACAUCCUAUCAGAGAACUUGAUAAGUGAGUGAGCCGUCAUGGAGGGACUGGGUUCAGAUGCAAACUUUAUAAUCUGCAGGAAUUUAUUAGAAAAGGAAAAGACAUGUAGGCGUUUUUAUAUCGAAUGAAAGUGUAUCAAUGACUUCUAGCCAUGUGUCUCUCUCCCUGGUGAGGCCUUUAAAUGAAGCACAUGUAAAACAGACAAAGAUAAACGAUCACAGAGCUGUUGUUUGAAAGUCUUAUCAGUCUGGAGGUUGUGCAGUCCUACCGGCUGUCAGUGCAGCCGUGAUUAUCUUCCUCGCUCAGGUUGCAGCCCGGAGCUUAUGACUGAGCUGCAGCCAUGCUCGUAUUUGAUACAACGUCACAGCGCAUCAUGGUGACUCAGUAUGUAAACGUGGAGUCAAAAUAGUCGUCCGGCUAAAACCGACUUUUUAAAAAGCAUCAAAAACAUGAGUCAGAGUUAAAUCCUAUAAACUUAAAAUGAUCAAAUGUAGGAGUGAAUUAAAGAAGCUGGACAGAUACUUUCAUCAAUAAACUGAUCCUCCUCUGGAGAAGGGCGAGGCUUUGAAGAGAUAUUCUGAACUUAGUGUUACAGGUUGUUUGACCCUAAAUUAAUUUUACAGCGGAAUAUCCCUUUAAAUCUGUUUAUCAAGCUGUAACUGUAAGGGCUUUGACUGUUGCGUCUGUCCCUCUCUCUCCCUUCUUUCAGAUGUUGAACGAGGCCACAGAGGACAACCUGAUAGACCUGGGCCCUGGCUCCCCCGCAGUGGUCACGCCCAGGAUCGCAUCCAGCCCUCAACCCCACUCCCCCCCUGGGGCUACUGCCUCGCCCGCCCGUGACCCCACUCCAGCCUCGCUGUCCUCUGCACUAGCUGGUCUUGGUGAGAGUGAAACGGAAAAAGUUCUGUUGUUUUCCAGCGAAGAGAUAAAGAUUUUUCUUGCAGAUCCAGUCCCCCUCAGCCUCGAAGAAUCAGUGUAAAAGUCUCUCAGUCAGGCUGAUAGGAAACAGCCCACCAACAUCACUCACAGAUAGACACUCCUUCCUAUCACUGACAGAUCCUCUUUGGUGUCUCUGCAUGUUAAAGUUAAAACGUUAAAGUUUGAAUAUACCUCUCUCUUGUUGUUGAUCUCUGUUUGGCGUCUUCUGCUUAUUUAAAUCUUUCCGUCUAAUCCUCGAUUUCUCUGCUUCUCUCUCUGCAGACGUUGCCUCAGACAGUGUGAGCGGCACCCUGUCCUCUUUACCCGGCCCCAAUCGAGACGACUUUGACAUGUUUGCCCAGACGAGGAGCAGCUCUCUGGCUGAACAACGCAAAAAGUAGGACUCAAUUUAGUUUCUCUUUUUGGACAGCUGAUGAUCCCCUGUGUUUUUAUUCAGGAUACAAUUUAUUUUAGGGUAAUAUCUAUUCAUAACUACCUUUUUUAUAUUUCGAACAAAACCAAACCGUGCGUACUUCUAUGCCGUUCUUUCCUGAUACACUUCAUGAUCGGGUUUUACAUGUCCCCAUUUCCCCUUCACCCGUCCUCACCUGCGUCAUCCUCUUCUGCGAGUAAUUUCCUCCCGCUUUUCCUGAAACGGCCUUUGAAUGUCUGCGGGGUAAAAACAGACCUGGUGUUUUCUGUGCCGAAUUUGGGGCAUUUAGUUGGAGGAAAUAAAAUCAAGAAAAGGGGAAGAGGCAAGAGUUUUCCAAUGAAGAAGAGCGAGGACGGAGCAUUUUCCUCCUGAUAUUCCUGGUUUUAUAUAAUUGUUCGUUUUUAUGCAAAUCUUCCUCCUCAGGUUCUAUGAGUUUGCUUUACUCCUUGAUAAAUGUAUAAAAUAUUGGUGUGUUGGUGUGUCUAGAGGCUUCCGGUUCAGUUUUUCUUUUAGUUUUAAUAAAUCUAUCAAGUUUGUAAUCUUGUGUCAUUUGAUUUUGUGUUUCCUAUUUUUUUUUACGUGCACAGCGUCAAGUAUGAGGACCCUCAGGCUCUGGGCGGCCUGGCCUCUGCUUUGGAUGUGAGACAGCAGAACACAGGAGGGGUGAGUACACGGGUGCAUGCAGCUUUCUUUCACCCGAAUGUGGACCUGGGGGGGUUGCUGUGUUAUUGACACGGCUGAUGGGCGCUCUGAUACCAGUCUGUCCUCAGUCGUUGGCAUGUAAUGACAUUUGUCCUGUGUGCCGUAAUAGCUGAACUUUGAUCGAAAAGUUUUAGCUCCGUGUGUCUAUGAUUUGGUUUUAUCGGAUAUCUGAUAACUAAAAAGAUGAAGUUUCUGUGAAAUUGAUAAAUUAGGAUUUCCAGAUUUCAACAUUUUCCUGAUUCUGUUCGACUCAAACUCCACAAACACGAUUCAUACAGAUAAUCAGACACUAAAAUCACCUGAUAGUUUAGAUUCUCCCUGUCUGAGCACACACUGCAGUGUUUUUACACGGUUAGUACAAUGUGCACAGCUGUAGCAGAUUCAUGUGCAGACACUCACCAGCAGACACAAUAGUGACUGUGCAUACCAUCCCUUCUUUGAGUUGGACUCGUUUUUACCUGAGGGAGUCUUUUCUCUUUAAUUUCCUCAUUUUCAUCUUUAUUGAAUGAACACUUUUUUUUCUUCAGUUCUCCCCUCUAUCCUCCUCCUCCUCCCCUCCUUUUUUUAAAAAAAAAAAAGCGAUCGUCUCUUGCAUAUUUGACUUCUCCUCUGUCUCUCUCUCUCUGCACUGUGUGCUAUGCUGUGUUGGGGGCCUGCUACCUUUCUUCUCUUGUGUAAGGUCUUGUUCUGUUGUUGAUUCAGCUGAGGGUAAAAGGGGAUGAUAACCCGGCAGAUCAGGAGCUGCCCAUAGACAGCUGGCUUAUUACCCAAGGAAUGGUGAGGACUCCAUCCUCAGUGUGUCCUCCUCCUACCCCCCCUUUCCUUCAUGUCCUCCAUCACCCCUGCUCUUCACCUCCUGCGGCGUCAUCCAUAAACCUCAUGAGCUGCUUUUCAUUGUCAGCCCCAUCUCACUGUUCUGUCCUGGAAUGCUAAAACAAACCCCAAACAAGCCGAGUUUAUCCCCAAAGAACAUCCACCUCCAUGUCAAAUACACACUCUGGUCUUCUGUGUUGGGCAAUAUUAGUCCCUGCUGCAUACAGUGUUUCACUAUUUACAACAAACACCCGUUUUAAGGUGGUAUAAAGGACAGUGAACAUAUGGUUUCUUACUGCUGGAGGUAAAUUUUCCAAAAAGCCCCUCAGAUCUCAAGAUUUAGGUUUAUUGUCUUCAUCUCUGUUCACACAGGAUCAGUUUUAUCCAGGGACCUCUGCACAUUUGCAAAUCAUUUUGGUAAUUUGGAGAAGUGAUGUUUUUUUAGCAUCUUUUCAAUCAAUCAGUCAAUCAAAUUUUAUUUCUAUAGUGCCAAUUCAGGAACCUUGGGAAGGACCAGACUCAUGUUAGAUAGUCACCAAGCCGCUGCUGGGUUGGGGAGGAAUACAGAGAGAUAGGGGGAGAGAGAGAGAGGAGUAGGAGAGAGGGCAGAGGGAGAGAAAGAGUACAAGGGAGAAGGAGGGAGAGAGAGAAUAGAGAACAAGGGUAAGAGAGAGAGACAGACAGACAGCAACAACAACAGCAGCUCAUACAGUGGAAGUCUUCGGUGGUGGUGAAACUUAAAUGCAUUUAAAAGCUUUUGCAGUGAGGAACAUUUUCUAUAUUUCAAACUUUAUAGUGCUGACAGUGAGUGUGGGUUAUUAAGACAGUGUUGGCUGCAAAAAGUAAGGCGUGUUUGUUGUUCAGGAUUAGAAAGUGCUUAAACCACUAAAUCACUUGGAAAUCAUUAGCAGGGGUGUGGCUCAAGACAAACGGCUUUAUUUUAGAGUCACUUACGAACUCUCCCACUGAGCAACAGACGGCUAUUAGACGUCUGUUUUCUUUUCUGGGACCUAAAUUCAACCGUCUAGAUUCUGUAUAUGUUUAGAUGUAAUUUAGACGUUGCACUUUAACCCUUUAUUUGAUAACUAUUAAUUUAAAAAAGCAACUGUGAGUUGCAUAACUGAUCUCCAAAUACUUAAUUAUGAAAGCUGUUGAGCAAUAUACAGUUAGACCUGUCAGCCGGUUAGUCUAAACUUGGUCUAAAUUUAGACGUCUAUAAAAACUUUCAUUUUUGGACCUGUGGUUGCCUGAUUUUAGACCAGUCGUCUAGACUACAUUUAGACGUCUGUUAGACCUUUUAGACCAAAAUAUGCUCAGUGGGAUAUACGUCCCUUGGAGAAGUUUACCUGACAUGGUCGUCUUUGUCUAUACACAAAUAUCUGUCAGGCUGCCCACUGUAGAGUGUGAUGCAGCACUCAGAGACAAAGUGGAUAUUAUGUCACAAAUUAACAGAGGUUCCCUAAUAAUUCUAGUCCAGUACGAAUAGAGCUGAAGAUUUUGAGUUGUAAAUUAACUGAUCUUCAUUCAUAUUGCCCGUCUACUCUUUACUGUAUUGACAUGGAUGCUUAACACCACCCAUGACUAAAGCAUUAUACUUUUAAACCUCUCUUAAUGAUGGAUAAUGAUCCUGACACAUCACCAGAAACUUCCAUCGUCUCGUAACGAUCACUCAGUACUAAAUCAGCCGUCUGCUUCACAGCAAAGACACUGAAUAAAAACAACCCAGAUUAAGAAAUAAGGAAGCUGGAGUGUCUUUGCUGUGUCUCAGAGAGUGUUUAUCAGCUGUCCUGCAACCCCACAUCUCACACUAACAGGAAAUAGAUUAGCAGAUUAACACACCAUAUUUCUAACACUGUUUUUGAUGUAAAUGUUGUGUCUGUACAUGUAUGAAUAUAAAGAUGAGUCACGAUAAGAGCAGGCGUCUUAUUGUGCACUUUUCCUACAACAUUUCGCCCCCUGAUCUCACAGCUGCAUGUGCAUUUAUUUCCUCUGUGAAUGACUUUUACUGCUCCACUGCCUUGACCUGUUUUAUUUGAAAAGCUCCUUCACUGUGUUUAUUAUCAAACCUGAAGAAAAACACGACCAGUUAGCCUGCAACAGAGUCUCAGGUACAAACUUUUUGUCAGGUCAGAGUCUCAAAUGUGAACUUUUUGUUUAAACUCAGCGUGUUCUGGAGAAGAAUGAAGUAACUUUUCCGUUUCUCUAAAUAUCGAUGGUUUUAAACUUUCUCCAGCCGCAGCUUCCUUUUUUUUAAAGUGCGGUUUAAUGCCGCCCACUUUCACUUCAUGCCCACUCAAGCAAACACAACCCAUCCAUAUCGAAACGGCUUCCCUCAUCGCUGCCACUGCACGCUCUGCAGCAUUGCACAGGAAGGUGUGUGUGUGUGUGUCAGUGUGUGUGUGUGUGUGUCAGUGUGUGGGAUAGCCCUGCCUCUCAACAGUCCCUGUGCUUUCACUUUUUCCCAUCCAAUCAAUUAUUUAAUCACCUUCAAGCGAUUGGUUAAUUAACUAAUGAUGUGGAAUAAUUAACGCUGCGGUGUGACAUUAGUUGGCAGCUGUUACGCCGUGUCAGCACAACACAACUAAUGAGGACAGUACACAACCUGGAGACUCCUCUUCUCAGAGGAGACUCUUAAAGUGAUGUAAAAAAAAAAAUAACAGCACAGACUUCAGAGGGGUCGAGCGUGUCUUUUUGAGCAAAUUCAUUUUUAUUCUUCUCAUUUUGAUUUGUUUUGUUUUUUUGUCACCUCCCUCUCUGAGCCUCUGGUGAUUUCUGUUCUUCUUAUAUGUGUGUUUGGUGUCCGUUUGACAUUUUUGUUUUUGUUGUCGGGGUCGGGUGUCUCUCUGUCAUGUGGCUUUGGUGCUACCCCUUGGUUUGUCCAUGGCUUUGCUCCAUAGAUCCCCGUAUCGCAGUCUUCUGUUAUGGAUGACAUAGAGGAGUGGCUCUGUGCUGACGUGGUGAGACCUCUUUACCUUGAUUUAUAUCUUUCUUUCUCCUCUCUCUCUCUCUCUCUCUCUCUUUCUCUCUUUUGCCCUUGCUUUGGUUUUACUCACUUAUUUUUUGUAGCACUUUUCAUUCACCCGUCUCAUACAGCUGAAGACUUAUAACUUUAGUUUUCUGUCACACUUUCAACUAACUGAUUUCCACCAAUGACUGGAAUCUGACACUCUGCUGUGACAGUUGACUUACAAACAUUAUGUCAAUAACAAACCUGUUUAACGGCUGAAAUGGUGCAUGGUGACGGUUGUGGAGCUGGGACGAGGUUUUGAGGGUGCAUGAAUGUCGACUCUGUUAUGACGGCGUAAACUUGUGUUUCAGCUCAUUCUGUUUCUGACUGUACACCAAGGUAGGGGUGUGCGAUAUUGACAAAAAAGUACAUACAUUGAUUUUGCUGGUAAUGAUAAUUGACUGUACAUUGAUUCUUGUAUUGUUCUAACUCUCUGAAAUGCUGUUAAUGGAAACAAUAAAACAACUCAUUGAAUAGAAACAUUUCGUAAAUAUUAACUUGAGGCUGAAUUAUUAAAGUAAAAACAAAAACUCUGAAAACUCAAGAGCAGAGAGUCAGAUCAGUACGAGUGAAUCCUUUCUCAGCAGCCAACAGGAUUGACUUUUUUAGAGAAAAACUGAACAAGGACCAACAAAAACUUUUGAACCUUUAUUAAAGUUUGCCGAGUGUCUUUGUUCAGCUGAUGGUUGGAGUUCACCUGACCUUUAAAGCUUCAGUCUUAUAAUAACAAAAAUAAUAAUAAUAAUAAUAAUAACAAGAAGAAUAACUUUAAUUUUAUUAGGGCCCGACCAAUAUCGAUUUUUUGGGGGCAGAUAACGACUUUCUCUGCACACCUUAUCUCCUCUGGCAGGUCGUUCCAAAGUUGAGGAGCUCUGAUGGAGAAAGCUUUCUCACCUUUAGUUUUGAGCCUCGACUUUGGAACGACCAGGAGGCCUUCGCCAGAGGAUCUGAGGCUGCGAGUCGGCUCAUAAAGUAUUAAAAGCUCUGACAUGUAGCUCAGGGCAAGUCCUUUGAGUGCUUUAAAAGUAAUCAGUUAAAUCUUAAAAUCAAUUCUAAAACUGACAGGAAGUCAGUGAAGGGAGGCUAAAAUUGGAGUGAUGUGAUCCUGUCUACUAAAACUAAUUAAAAGUUACAGUAGAUAAUGAAAGCGUGGAUUAUUUUCAUAUAUACUUUUCAUAUUCUGUGAGAGGUUUAAUGUGCAGAUGGUGAAACUAGUUAGUUGUUGAGCUGCUUUCCAAAAUAGUCGUGCGAGUACGGAUUCUCAUAUUCAGUAAAUGUGUAUGGACUCUGACGGUGUGAUUUCCUCAUUAAAACAACAGUUUAGACAUUAUCUUAUCCUGUACGAGCUUCUUUGAAACAUAUAGACUCUUGUCAUGUGUGAAUUCGAUCUCAUGUCUCUUUAUUCCUUCCUGACAGAAAGGGGACGCUGCAGAGGAAGGGGUGACCAGUGAAGGUAAAGGUCAUGUUCGACUCGUGUCUCAUUUUUACUCUGGCGCUGAUUCCACAUGUUUUUUCCUCCAAACUCUGAACUCUGCACGUCCCUGAUGACCGCAUUUGUUUCUUCAGAAUUCGACAAGUUCCUCGAGGAGCGAGCGAAGGCGGUGGACUCGCUGCCAUCUCCCCCGGCAGCUGACCCUGCUCACCCCGUCGCUCGGGCCCCUGGAGGCUCCCACAAGAAGGCUGAACGGACAGAAGACACCCUCUUUGCCUUGUAGACUGUUCAAAGAGAACCUCGCUCUCUCUCUCUCGCUCUCUGUCUCUCUCUCUCUCUCUGGGGCAUCUAAAGGUCCUCGCUUUAAGUGAUUCCUCCAAAACAGUCCUUCCAGUCCCAUCUCAUCGCUGACUGGCAGUGGUGUAGCAAGUGAUCUCCGCCUCUUUGUCGUUUUCAUGCCACAGUGUUGCUCUAACAUGCAGAGGUCCAGUGUGUUUACUGCGCACAGCUGUGCUCUAUAUUUGGAUGUAUUAAUCUGUUAAUAUGGGCUGUACUCGCAGCCCCGUAUCUUAAUUGUCACGCACCACCAAAGGAAGACAACCUGGCUUGUCUGAUGUGGUUUUAAAAAUGUAGUAUAUUACUGCGAGAUAAUAAACGGGAAAGUUCACGGCAGGUCAGUGCAGAGGAGUACAAUAAGGGUUUUAUUCUGUCGUUUAACUGCAUUUAGCUAAUUUAUGCAUUUAUUGUUUUAAUUGUUUGCGCUGUUUUCCUCCUUAUUGCUAAAUAUGAUCAAAGUCGUAGUGUGGAGGGGGUAAAAAAAAGUGUGUUAGCAGGCUAAUUUUGCUAACUUUAAAUAUAAUAGCUAAAUCUUAUCUUAUCUUAAUGAGUGUAUGCCAGCAUUCCUUUAACCAAAGGGUAAAAGACACUAAAAAACAGUCAGAACAGCACUUGUCCGAUUUCUCUGUUUGAUGUCAGGGAGGUCAAGUGGAAGGAACACGCCCAUUGACGAAAUUUCCCAUCAGCCUUUUCAGCCCUCAGACGUGAGCUCCGAAAAGUCAAACAAACUCAUACCCAUUCCAAAGAAAACUGAGGCUUUAAUGACCAAAUAGCACUGAAUUCAUCCUGACUACGAUGUUAUAACGUCGGUGGACCAUGAAGAUUUCCCUCCCCCUGCUUUAUUAUAAUGUUUAUUCUCUUAGUUGCGAAAAAUAAAAAAAUCUGUAUUUUGUCCUUUGUGUUUACAAGAUGGUGACUAUUUUUCUAGGGGAGGGGAAAAGACCCGUUUUGCACAUGAGUUUUCUAACUGUGUAUAGCUGCACUUGUUCUGAUAGAGUAGACGAUCAAAGUGGUUUACUUAAGACUGCAAAUUACACAUCGGUGGACAUGAUAUGGCAUUUAAACAAGCGACCAAGACUUAGCAUACAGGUGUAGUAAUCUGCGUAAAACAAAACAUAUACCUUACAGUCAAAUCCUAUAAUGAAGGCUGCAUUCUAUCACCUUCUUUAUUCUAUAUAAUGUAAUCUAUAUACCUCAAAAAGCAGAAAUUUCAGUUUCUGUAACUGAUAGAAGAUGUAUUCGCUCGCAGUUGUAUCCAACAAGCAGAGAGGUUUGUGUCUUUUUUUGAUCCCUGAUUGUAUUUUUAUAGUUUAUUUCAAAAAUCACAAAAUCAAAUCAUGUUUGUACCCAUCAUCUGUGAUUUUCUUCUUUUUUUCAGUAAAGACAAGCAAGUGGCAAAUGAACAAAAACUAUUCUUACUUUGAUUUCAGCACUCCGAGACUUUGUUUGAUGCUUGUUAUUUUCUCUGUUAUUCGACUCAAAUCAGCCGAGCAGCUCUGACUGUCGUUUAUCUUUUAAGUACCUUACAUUCACACGUUGAGGCAAAAAAAAAAAACAAUCUGAUUUUCAUUCCAGUUAUUUUUCGCUGAGGUUGUUUGUUUUAAUGUAGUUUAUUUUAAUGUUUUCACUCCAUUAAUGAGUAAAAGCUUUGUUUAUUCAGGCACUCCCUUCAAAUCUGUUAGUCAUGCUUUGAAAAUACUUGUUGGAUUACCGUCAUCAGUAUGGGCCUUUCACUAGAAGGAACUAUCAAUGAUUUAUAAUGCUUGUUAAUAUCGUGUAUUUUUGGUUAUUUGUGUUUUCUUAAUCAUUAUGAGUAAAUAUUUUGGUUUUAAAAGGUAAUAAUUAACAAGCUUUUACCUUUUUCCAGUGCUGUAUGGUAACAUAUAGUUCAAUAGAUUAAUAUGGUUGCCAUGUAACUCAGAUAGUAGCGUUAAAUUUACAAUCAACCAUUGUGUUCACUUUAAAAAAAAAACUUGCAGGCUAAACAAAAAUGACUAAAAAUGCAAAAGUAAAUCCUUUAAAAGGGAACUCGAGAGUAUUUUUCUGUUUGUGUUUGAGGGCUUUUCAGGAUCUUAACGAAGCUUUGUUUCUUAAGUCCUGACUGCAACAUGUAUUCCUCGAAAUUACCGCUACCUUGAAAGAGUUUCUGAAUGUCUUUUAAUUCUGAUGAAGCAGAUCUGUUUUCUGAUGUGUCGCGGAUGUAAAGGAGAGGAUAUUUUUUUGUUGUUUGUGUUUGUCGGUGGAUGUCUGCUGCCAUUACUAACGGUCAGAUUUGACCUGAUGCACGUAUGUAACUGCCCAAUAAAACACUAGCAAUGUGUGACCUCUACCUCACAA